AUGUCCCUCCAGUUAUUGAAUCCUAAGGCUGAAUCCCUAAGACGGGAUGCCGCCCUAAAAGUUAAUGUUACUUCUGCUGAAGGUUUACAAUCCGUCUUAGAAACCAACUUGGGUCCAAAGGGAACUCUGAAGAUGUUGGUGGAUGGUGCUGGUAACAUCAAAUUGACCAAGGACGGUAAAGUCCUGUUGACAGAGAUGCAAAUUCAAUCGCCAACAGCAGUUUUAAUCGCUAGAGCAGCUGCUGCUCAAGAUGAAAUCACCGGUGAUGGUACCACCAGUGUCGUAUGUCUCGUGGGAGAACUCAUGAAACAAGCUUACCGCUUUGUGCAAGAAGGUGUUCACCCUCGUGUUAUCACAGACGGAUUUGACGUUGCACGUAAGGAAGCAUUAAGUUUUUUGAAUGAAUAUAAAGUGGCUAGAGAUGAAGAGAAAGACGUUGAUCGUGAAUUUCUAUUGCAAGUAGCUCGUUCUUCGCUCUCUACCAAAGUUGACGUGGAAUUGACGGAGGUUCUGACACCAAUUGUUACAGAUGCAGUUCUUAACGUGUGGAACAGAGAGGAUGACAGUUUAGACUUGUACAUGGUGGAAUUGAUGCAAAUGCAACAUUUAUCUCCAAAGGAUACCAAAUUCGUUAAGGGUCUAGUGCUUGAUCACGGUGGUAGACAUCCUGAUAUGCCCCAGGUGGUGGAAAACGCUUACGUUUUGAUCUUAAACGUUUCUCUAGAAUACGAAAAGACCGAAGUGAACUCCGGAUUCUUCUACAGUUCUGCUGAACAAAGAGAUAAGUUGGCCUCUAGUGAAAGAAACUUUGUGGAUUCUAAAUUGAAGAAGAUUAUCGAUUUGAAAAACGAAGUCUGCGGAUUGGACGAUAACAAGGGAUUCGUUAUUAUCAACCAAAAGGGUAUUGACCCAAUGUGCCUGGAUGUGCUAGCCAAGCACAACAUCUUAGCACUAAGAAGAGCAAAGAGACGUAACAUGGAAAGAUUACAGCUGGUUACCGAAGGUGAGGCUCAGAACUCAGUAGAUGAUUUGAGUCCGUCAGUGCUCGGGUAUUCUGAAUUGGUCCGCCAAGAAACUAUCGGCGAAGAGAAGUUCACGUACGUAACAGGCAACAAAAAUCCAAAAUCUUGUACCAUUUUGAUCAAGGGCUCCACCAACUAUGCACUAAAUCAAACCAAAGAUGCUGUAAGAGACGGUAUGAGAGCCGUGGCAAACGUGAUAAGAGAUAAGACUGUCGUUCCAGGUGCAGGUGCAUUUUUCAUUGCAGCUUCCAGACACCUAAAGACUUGUAACAUGAAUAAAUUGGGCGCUAAGGGUAAGAUGAAGAAUGGUGUGGAAGCAUUUGCAGAGGCACUACUGGUUAUUCCCAAGACAUUGGUGAAGAACUCUGGGUUUGAUGCCCUUGACGUCUUGGCACUAUGUGAAGAUGAAUUGAACGACGCACAAGAAGCUAACCAACGUAGAUUUGUCGGUGUAGAUUUGAAACUAGGGGAUUCAUGCGAUCCUACUAUCGAAGGUAUUUGGGACUCCUACAGGGUUAUCCGUAACGCAAUUAACGGUGCUAGCGGUAUUGCAGGUAACUUACUACUAUGCGAUGAGUUGCUAAGAGCAGGUAGAUCUACACUAAAGGAGGGCCAGCGAUAA